AUGGGCCCCGGGGGCGCAGGCUGCUCUGACGGGCUGCUGCUGACAGUCGGCUGGCUGCUCCUGGCGGGCCUCCAGUCAACGUUCGGGAUCAACGUCACCGCGGUCCAGGAUCCCAGCUUGGCCGGCGAGGGCGAGGGCGAGGGCGAGGGCGAGGGUGAGGGCAAGGGCAAGGUCGAGGGCGAGGGCGAGGGCGAGAACGAGGCCGAGGAGGAGGCUGAAAACGACAGCAAGGCCGAGAACGAGCCCCAGGCUGAGGCCGAGGAGGAUGUUUCAAAUAGGACAAUAGUCAAAGAAGUAGAAUUUGGGAUGUGCACCGUUACAUGCGGUGUUGGUAUAAGAGAAGUUAUAUUAACAAAUGGAUGCCCUGGGAGUGAAUCCAAAUGUAUCAUACGGGUGGAAGAAUGUCGUGGACCAGUAGAUUGUGGCUGGGGUAAACCAAUUUCAGAAAGUCUUGAAAGUGUUAGGCUAGCAUGUGUUCAUACAUCUCCUGUAAACCGUUUCAAAUAUAUUUGGAGACUUCUAAGGCCAGACCAACAAGCCGUUAUACUUGCAAAUGAUUCAGCAAUCCUGGAGGUUCACAGGGAUACUCACCCCAAGGCUUUUGAGUGUGAAACAUUGGAUAAUAAUGAAACAGUAGCAUCUAUUAAAUUCACAAUCUAUACAACAACUGAAUUGCAGAUGAAAAGAUCAAGCCGACCAGACACUGAUGCAGUCCUAGUUUUUGUUCUGACCAUAGGAGUUAUUAUGUGUAUAUUCGUGAUCUUUGUACUGAUCUUCAUAAUUAUAAACUGGGCGGCAGUCAAAGAUUUCUGGGGGGCAAAAGCCUCGACACCUGAGGUACAGUCUGAGCUGAGUUCAGUGAGAUACAAAGAUUCAACCUAUCGUGACCAAUCACCAACAGAAAUACCUGGACAUGAAGAUGAUGCUUUAAGUGAAUGGAAUGAAUGA